AAGAAGAAAGGGUUUCCAUUUCGCAGUCCAAAUUUUCAGGUCUCUCUUCCAACAUUUGCCUAACGCCAUCCCCAAACAGAAAAUGACAACCUCUUUCCCUCGUUUGCUCUCCACCGCAUCCAACCCUGCUCUCCUCCGCACCGGAUCCGAACACCUAACUCGUUCCGUUUCCAACUCAGUGACUCGUCUCCUCUCCUCCACCUCGACUCAGCACCACAACAGCAACAACAACAACAGCGCCGUUAGGGAUCAACCACAGACACCGACGCAAGAAUCUCUCAAACAAAGCCAAAAGGAACCACAAGAAGAAGAAGAUGACGGCGACGAACUUGAUCUGAACGAAGAAACGGGCGAGGUCGGUGGGCCUAAAGGGCCCGAGCCCACAAGGUAUGGCGAUUGGGAACGCAAUGGUCGAUGUUCUGAUUUUUGAUAUUUUUCUUCAAUUUACCGUUACCAUUAUUAUACCAAAAUAUAAGUAAUAUUUGUGUAUUGCUCAUUCAAUAUAUGUAACUUGAGAUGGGAACAAAUCAAUUUGUUGCUUGUAUGAUCUCUAGAAAUAAAUUACUGGUUUGUGAUUCUUGACGAAUGUUGAACAAAUUUGUGAUAUAUUGAUAUGAAUUACCAAGGUGUUUACACCGGUGUUAUUGGAA